AUGGUCUCCAACACCCCCUUCAAACCGUCGCCGUUGUCCUUCGGCUCCCCCCGUGCUUCUCCCUUUCGUCGACCUUCAACUCCCAAUUCCCCGCCCUCGAAUAUCCGGCCGACAACCCCCGGAAGCUCCCCCAGUCGGGGAUAUACCCCCGUUGUAUCCCCCAGCAAGCUCAACCAGUCAUAUACGAUCGAAGAGGACGAUGAUGCGGCUGUCAACAAACCCCGCGAGCCGGUACCCCAACCGCGAUUCACCAAGGAGAUCCCUCCCUCUCCGACGCGGGGAGCCAAUAUGUCGGACCAUUCGCCCAUGAUGGGGCAAACAAGAGGAGCAAUGAUGGCGACGUCGACCGAUGCAGCCGCAAAAUUGUCCCCGGCCCAACUACGAGAGAUCCGCGAGGCAUUUCAAGUUCUGGAUCGGGACAAUGACGGGUCGGUGAACAAGGAGGAUGUUGCUGAUGCGCUGGUAAAUAUUGGCCAGGACCCCUCGACGUUAUCGCGAUUCUUCCCUCCGGGGCCUUCCCAGACCAUCAAUUUCCCUACCUUCCUGAGCAUCCUAUCCGAACUCCUAGCCCCUCUCUCUUCUCGCCAAGAGUUGAUGAACGCUCUGGCUGCGUUCGACGAGGACGAUAGUGGUCAGAUCGACGUGGCCGAGCUGCGAGAUGCGCUGCUGCACACAGCGCCUGAUGAGGGUGGACAUACACUGUCCGAACGAGAGAUUAAUGAGGUCCUCGGUGGAUACACAGGCCGACGGGUGUUUGGUGGACGACCCGCGAAGAUGACGGGUGCAGGCAAACGAGGCGAGGUAUUCCGAUACCAGGAGUUUGUCGAAGGGAUUAUGGGAGGGAGUGAGAAUGGAACGGGUAAUGGACGACGAGAGAAUUGA